AUGGCGAACGCCUCACUCGAGCUCGAGGGCGUGGAUGAUUUGUGCAUCCCGACCUCAGUGGACGAUCCAGACUUGCGUAAGGCGCUGAAAGCGAAGCGUGCCAUGGCGCUCGACGCGUCGAAGGAACGCGUCGCAGCGGCACUCGAAGAUGUCGCGGACAUUCGCGCAGAUUUUGAAAAGCUCGCCAACGCCGAUAGGUAUUUCGGCUCGUCGUUGGCGCAAUAUCCCGACGACGGCCCGCUGUUCAAAAGUCUCACGUUCGGACGGUUCAGAGACGCAUUUUCCAGGGCGGCUAAGUUGUUCGUGACCGAUAUCAAGGCGAAGGAGACGCUUAUUAAAACUCUCAUCGAUCGAGGGGAAAACUCCAAACUCGAUCGAGAAGACGCGUUGGUCAUCAUCAGCGCCUACGCGCUCGACCCUCUGAUCGAUCAAGAGGCCCUGGACGAGUUCGAUGCGCUCAUCAUUCGCGGCGAGUUAUAA